AUGAUCCCACUGACAUCCCUAGUGCUCUCAAUCCUAAGCACCAUCAGCAGCUCCCUCGCCCUCCCCCACCCCCACAAAACCAUGCUCAACACCGCCUUCGCCCGCGACAUCGGCAUCGCCUACUCCCUGCCCAACCUCACCGGCAGCGCAGAGUACCUCCUGCAGACGAAGCAUGGAAAAAGCUGCAUGCCCCUGCGGAACGGCGACGACGUCCUUUCGAUAACGGUCUGCAAGCCUGUCUCGUGCACGUUCUUUGUUGAAUACGGCUGCUACAACAAGCCCUCGAACCACAAUAUCAGCAUCACCAUCACCGGCCCAGGAGAUGUCCUCGUCGUUGAGACUCCAGUUGGUAAUCACUUCAGGAGCUAUGUAUGUGGACCGGCGCAGACUGGUGGAGGAGCUAGCGGGGCGGGGUUUCAGCUGGAGACUACGCCGCAUGAUAGGUCCAGGGGCGAGGAGGGGGGAGUGUAA